AUGCCUCGAGACCAGCUAUCUGUUGCCCGAGUCUUCUUUAAACUCAAAGAUGCAUUCAAGGAUAUCCCCUCUCUGACUGUGGCUGACUACUCCUUCAAAGACACCUUGCUAAAAGGAGUCGAUAAGAAAACAAGGGAUAGGGUUUUUGGGAAUAUUGCACACGGAUUUUCAAGUGAAGCCCUGGGGAGUGGAGAUCAUGACGUGUUUUGCACUGGGAUUUCUGGAGAUGACAUUUUGGGAAUUUUCUUCCAAAUAAAAGGAACAACACCGAAGGCAUGCCCAAAAACGCUCAAAGUUUCACUGGGAAAGGCAAAUAAACAAAUCCAGAAGGACAUCAUUGUUUUCAAGACUGUAUGUGGGAAAUUCUUGGAACCAUUCGUGAAAUUAGCUGGUUUUCCAGCCUUCCCAAUGCUUAAUAAAUCAGAUUUGCGCAAGGUAAUCGAUUGUGUGGAAUGUAGGGCACGAAUCCUUACCUCAGAGGAUAUAAGUGAUCCACAAAGUUUCACAGCAUUUUUGAAAAGACAGGGAAUCGCUUUAAAGAAGUCGUGGUCCAAGUCCUCUCCCGUAAUGAAAACCUUCAAGGAGAUAUUCCACCUCUAUGUUUGUGCAGCAUCAUCUGUGGAUCUCCCGCGCAAUCCGACUCAGUUGUACACUAAGGUUGAGGAACAAAUGCAGAGGUUGCUGAUGAUUCUCACACCCCAGCAGAGGGAACUAGUUAAAAGUAAUUCUAAGGUGAUUUUCAUGACUGGAACUUCAGGCACAGGAAAAACCUUUGUCCUCAAAGAGAGAGCUUCGCGGCUAGCCCUGGAAAAUGGAGCAAAAUCAAAGGAGCAUGCAGUGCUCGUGGUGAAUCUUUCAGGAGGAGACUUGACUGACGAAUUCCAGCAGAGCUUCAAAGGAAAGAUGAUUAAGGUAGUGGACGGAAGAGUGAGGCGCCUUGAAGACGACCUUCAGGGACUGAAGGAUUUCCUGAAGAAGGAGGGGAGAAGAAAACACGUCCUCAUUGAUGAAGUCCCCAUCACUCUUGGAUUCACUAAUACUAUCAGUACAGAAGCCCUUUCUGCGCAUUGGGAAUGGGUCGACGAUUUAGAGGUGAAUUCGAUCACUAUUGCCUUCCGACCCAAUGAUCAGUCCUACACAAGGGAUUUCCCGCUCGAAGAGGUCAAUCCAGCCGGGCAUGCCAUUACAGUCCUCAAGAGUAUCAAGAGGAAUGCCCAACAAAUAUCUGAAUUAUUUUUGGACAUCGGAAAUUUCUCCCGACGCGUUUUCCUAUCAUCUGAGCGCUCCCUAUGGAUGGAUAUAGAUGGAGAAAAACGAGAAUUCUCCCCACGCUUCUUCGAGAUGAUCUCUUGCCAAGCUCUCCAUCGCGAAUGCACAGAUACACUGAUCUGCGAGAUUGUGAGGGCUUCGCACACAACGCAGGCCAUAUAUGAGGAAUGCAGGAAGUCGCCGAAAAAGAGGGCCAUCUUUGUUGUCAUUAGUGACGCAUGGAAGAGAGAUGCCUUCUUGAACGUUCUCACAUUUUUAUACCCCGAACUCCCAAUCCUUUUCUGUAGCAACCCAGACAAGUUUAUUGGGAAGACUGCCACAGCUGGCUCGUUCCCCCUUGUCGUAGUCACUGAGGAAGAAAUGAUAGGAUGUCACCCGAAGAACUUAACGGUGGUAAUCGAUUUUCCACACUCACAGUGGCAAUACUACACUCGACUGGUUGCAACAACGGGAGAAAACAAGAUUUUCGUGAUCGAGGAAGAAGAAUGGAAGACAGGGAGGUUUUCUGGCAUUCGGAAACUAAUCCCUCGAGGGAAGAUUGAGAAAGGUAAUGUGAAUGUAGAAGAUCUGCAAUUAAGCUUGGAAAGAGCAUGGCAGGAAUACAAGGAGAAAGAUGUCGAGGAACUGGAUAAGGCGAACUUUACUGAGCAAUCCUUCCCUGAAAUAGAUAUGGAGGAUGACGACGUGAGUAAAAUGCUUCGAUCUCGGAUCAGUGGGAUAUUUGGCUAUCCUGCCUCGGGGAAAUCUAGGAAAGUUGAUGAAUUAAUCGGAAAAGUGGCAGGCGAAGUCAUAAUUCUUCACUGCGGUGGUCUAUUAUCUCACAAAUUACAUCGACAGCGCUGGGAGACGAAGGCAAAUGUAUAUGUUGUUCAAGUAUCUUCACAGAAAGUCACUUCUAUCCAAAGCAUCAUCAAUGAAGCCCUUAUCAAGAAGAAUGAAGAAGGAAGGCGAAGAAAGAUGGAGGGGAAGGAGAAAGAUGAAGGAGAGGAGGCCGAUCGCUUGACAGUGGUGGUCGAAGACUGUCCUCUCUUAGAGCUUCCAAGGAGCAUGAAGGAAAUACAAGAUGUGAAUAUGAAGCUAAUCCUCGUAUUCAAACCCCAUUUAGAUCCAACUUCAAAGGUCACAGUGGAAGAAGUAGUAAAAUCGCUAAAAGAAAACGAAGAGUGUGCUGCAAUAGAGCUUGCGUUACCGCCAACAAACAUGGCUCUCCUGAAGCAUAUCCAAGAAAAUGAGACUCCCGCUGCGCUGAGGUUAGACGCAAAGAAUCUGUCUUUGCCUGCGAUGCCUGCAGCUUUCGCACUCAGUCCACCCGUUCAAUACAUCACCAUGGAAAACGAGAAGUGUAAGGGACAACAUCGAGGAUACAUCUGCAGAGGAGGGGGCACAUGCGGCAAGAGCGCAACUGUUCUACCUUCCCUCCUCCACUCUCUUCCUUUAAAUGUGAAAAAAGAUGGCGAAUUCCCUCACAUACUGAUAUCACAUGAAGGAUUGCUGAUACCAUUGAAAAAUACAUUUGAAAAAAGUCGACUUGUCGUCAAAGUGAAGCACCUCAAGGAUUUCCGCGGAUGCGAGGCUUCGGUCAUCAUUUCAUUCAACGUUAGUGACGAGUGGCUGCUGGAGGUGCUUUCCCGCUCUAGGACUCAACUGAUCAUCAUCGAUAACCUCCCAGAACAUCAUCACCUAUGGAGAACAAUCAUGGAAAAGGGUCAUUUGGAAAGGAAAAAAGUUUCCUCAAGCGCAGAGGAUGAUCCAAGCAUCCUCUUAGAAUUAGAUGUUCAAGAGAAGUACCUCGAGUGUCCGACAUGGGACGAGGCAGGAAAUCGAAUUGGUUCGGAUGCCCUGAAGAGGGGAAAAAUCAUUGAUGGAACCACCGGGGCCUUCUCUCACUUUCUUCCUAUUGAGACACAGAAAGCCAUCUCCGAAGAGCUGUUUUCCUCCGCACCAUUCAUCGAUUGGGGUUAUGUGUGGCUUGGUGAUGAAGGGGAAGUGCCAAAGGUUGAUGAAGACCGGAGGAAGAGCAUCCUUCAGAUCGUCAAGCAGAAUGGGGUGGAGUGGAAGAAUGGAGAUGAUCUUCCAGUGGCCCUGGAGACCAGGUGUACGAUUGCAUCUGGAGUGUUUGCGGCCUUGUCUCUCUCCCUUUCAGGCUCCCUUCUUCAUUUCCCUCUCUUGAAGGAAAUAUUAGGAGACGAGAACACAGAAGACACUCUCCUCUUAAUCCAGUCUGCAUCAGAUCUUCUGAAGAGGCCUAUUGUCCUCAUCAGAGAAAGCACCUCAUGUGAUGAAGGGGAAGUGCCAAAGGUUGAUGAAGACCGGAGGAAGAGCAUCCUUCAGAUCGUCAAGCAGAAUGGGGUGGAGUGGAAGAAUGGAGAUGAUCUUCCAGUGGCCCUGGAGACCAGGUGUACGAUUGCAUCUGGAGUGUUUGCGGCCUUGUCUCUCUCCCUUUCAGGCUCCCUUCUUCAUUUCCCUCUCUUGAAGGAAAUAUUAGGAGACGAGAACACAGAAGACACUCUCCUCUUAAUCCAGUCUGCAUCAGAUCUUCUGAAGAGGCCUAUUGUCCUCAUCAGAGAAAGCACCUCAUGGACGUUUCUUCCUCAAGGAGGAGGUGAUAUGGAAUGGAAUGGGAUACUCCUCUUCGCGCGGGAUGAUUCCUUUCGCUCUGUCCAUCCAAUUGUUCAUUGUGUGGAUAAACAGUAUCGUCAGUAUCGUCAUGAUCGUUUGGAUCUUCAGUUCAGGCAGGAUAAUCAGUAUCGUCUAGAUCGACUUGAUUCUCAUUACCGGCAUUUUCGUCUGGAUCCUCUGAAUCAUCAGUCCCGUCUGUACCGGCAAAGUCAUUUGGAUCUUCUGGGUCAAGGGAGCCCAAUGAAUGCUGCUGCAAUUCUCGGCAGCAGCUCACAAGGCGAAGAUGACUCGAGAGUGGUGCCAGAAGGAACUUCUGGAUUUCAUGUAGUGGAAAGAAUGGCCAUCACCAUCGCCGCACCUAAACCCAUGGGAUUACUCCAUAUGCCCCAUCGUAGAGGCAAAGAAGCCUGCAAUAAAUUUGGAAGCUUUAAGAUGAUCCUUACUCAGGGAGUGGGACAAGAUACCAGGAGAGACUCUUGA